AUGACCCGAAGAUCUGAUUGGCUGUUGUUGCUCCUUUUCGUGGUGCUCGUCCAAGCAAAUAUCCUCCUAGGUCGACCAGCACCGACCGGCCGAGGCGAUCACUGGCCGUUGCAAAACAGGCAAGAGCCUCAGCAGGAUCCUUCUCUUAAAGAGUGGGACUCAGAGCUGCAACAUUUUCCCUUCCUGAGCCCUCUGAACGGAACUGCGGACCAUCUAUUUCUCGGUUCUGAUCACCAUCAAGACCAUGUUGCCCAUUUACAAAGCUCCCUUCAGCAUCAGGGCGAGCAGGACAAACUUGGCCAAGUGCCCGUCCAACAAAGACACGGCGAAAGCGGAAAGGAGGGGUCCUCGAAACAUCAACAUGUCGCAGAGCGUCGCAAAAGGCCGUACUACAAGGUGUCCGAGCUUACUGAAGAACAACUUGCUCAUCUUUCAGUGGACGAUCGAAUUCUUGUGUUGACGUCUGCCGAUAAGACCAGUGGAGGGAAAAGGAAAAGGCGAAAGGAACUCCUCGAAAAAGUGUUCUCCGAAGAAACUCCAAAGAGCGGCAAAGACGACCAUGGCCCAUGUGGGCUAAUGCCGAGCCAAGACCAGGAAGCACUGCGGGAAAAAGCUCACGAGUGCCAUCAAAUUUUGCAGAAGGAUCACAAUGAGUUGCGUUAUAUCGCUACACCAUCGCGAAAGCUCUACACCUUAUCCAUCGAUAUUGCCAAAAAGAACGAAAAUACGAUCAGAUGGCUCAUCGAGAAAUAUCCCAAAAUCCGUACAGCAGACAAAAGAGAAGAAGUAUUUGAGAGAACGAUACGAAAGCUGGAAAUGACCCGGGAGACGAAAGACCCUCAGGAUCCGGGAAACGAGGAAGAACAGCAACAAGCUUCAAAGGGCGUCUCUCCAGCGUGUUCCAGGGAAAAGGGCAAGCAGAUCGAUUCGGAAGAGAUUCCAUGGACAUCUUACCGUCGUUCAUUCAAGCUCCGCGAUGGAGAAGGAAAGGUGUUAUCGCCGUUGCAGACGUAUCUCUUCAGCGUUAAUGCGGCCCGCCUGUCACCAGCGAGGCGUAAGCACAAGAACGAUUUGAUAGACAUGUUCCGAAUUUGGCGUCGAACUGGAGACAGGCCGAAGAUGCCAGAGCCGCCCAAUGACCUCUACUACAAAUCCGUUCACAAUCUUCAGCCUUCAAGCCAAGGAUACAGCGAGCAUAGCUCGGCAGUGCAGGGGUCAGACAAGAUUGUGAGCGGAAAGAAGCUGAGGCUGAAUGCGAACACAGGCUUGAAGGGCGAUUUAAUCAAGCAUUGGAAAGAGGAGGCUGCCGAGAAAAAAACGAUUAUCUCGAAGAUUCACGGUGAUCGUCUCAUCUUCAUUCACCCAGACGGAACGCGUGCCUCGGUGUCACUCGAUGAUAUGAUCUUGCACAAAGAAGACGUAGAGAUAAUCGUCCAAUUAUGGCAAAUCGGAAAGCUGAAUCGCGAUGAAGCUGCAAGAAGACUUUACAAAGUCAGCAAGAAACCCAUCAAGAAUCAACAGAAGUGA